GACAGGGCCGGGAGACCUUGGAGGGCGGGGCUCCAGUGACGUUGCUCUGCCCUGCAGAUGUUCGGGUCACAGGUGGACGGCAGCAUCGGUGAGGGCGACUUGUCCCACAUCCUCAAGACCGCCCUGGGUGUGGCGGAGCUCACUGUGACUGACCUGUUUCGAGCCAUUGACGGAGAGGACAAGGGCCGGAUCACAUUUGCUGACUUUGCCCGGUUUGCAGAGACAUACCCCGACUUCGCUGAGGAGUACUUGUACCCGGACCAGACACCCUCGGAAAGCCGCACACACACCCCGCCAGUGCCCACCCCCAAUGGCUUCUGCGCCGACUUCAGCCCAGAAGGCUCAGGCGCUGGCAGGACGCCUGCUCAGAAGAAGCUGGACUAGGGCCUGGGACUGCGGGGACGCGGCCCCUCCCACCAUCACCGCCACCCUUGAGUGACCUCUGGGCUCCUGCCUCAGGACCGCCGCUGCGCCUGCAGGCUGAGUUCCAGAAGCCCGGGGGAUCAUUUUGUUUCUUUGUGAAGAUUCUGUUCUGGCUCUGGCCGAGGGCACGCUGCUCUGAGAACUGGAAGCCCUGCCGCCGUGGGCGUCCUGGGGGGC